CCUUUAAGAAGCUGUCAGGAGGAUUAGAGUUACGCACGGCUGCCUGGCCGGGGUCGCGCACCGGAGCGCUUUUUACGCACCCAGGAGCGACAUUCGUCCCCUCUGGUUCUCCCCCCUUCUCCGUGGGUCCGGACGCCACUUCCACGCAGCGCGACAUGGCCGAGCUCGGGAAAGGGGUCACCGCCGGGAAACUGGCUCUGAACGUCCAGAAGAGGCUGAGCAGAGCGCAGGAGAAGGUCCUCCAGAAACUCGGUAAAGCCGAUGAGACGCGGGACACGGCCUUCGAGGAGCUGGUGGCCAGCUUCAACAAGCAGAUGACUGAAGGCACCAAGCUGCAGCGGGACCUGAAGGCCUACCUGGCGGCGGUCAAAGCGAUGCACGACGCGUCGCGGCGGCUCCAGGACUGCCUGGCUGACAUGUACGAGCCCGACUGGUUUGGAAAGGAGGAGAUGGACGCCCUGGUGGAGGAGAUGAUAGAGAAGGAGAUGGACAAUAACCUGGAGGACACAGACACGCUGUGGCUGGAUUACCAUCAGACCCUGACAGACAAGGCGCUGCUGUGCAUGGACACUUACCUGGCUCAGUUCCCAGAAAUCAAGUCUCGCAUCGCCAAGCGAGAGAGGAAGCUGGUGGACUUUGACAGCGCCCGCCAUCACUUCUCCUCCCUGCAGAAGGGAAAGAAGAAGGACGAGGCCAAGAUCGCUAAGCCAGCAGCCCUGUUGGAGAUGGCCGCUCCCAGCUGGGCUCAGGGUUUGAUUUCGGCCCACCAGGUGGCUCAGACUAACCUCUCCUACAACCAGGCGGAGGAGGAUCUGGGCCGGGCUCAGAAGAUCUUUGAGGAGCUGAAUGUGGAGCUGCAGGACGAGCUCCCAACUCUGUGGGACAGUCGUGUUGGCGUCUAUGUUGGCACAUUCCAGAGCCUGGCCGGCCAUCAGGAGAAGUUCCACAAGGAGAUGAGCAAACUCAGCCAGAACCUGAACGACAUCAUGACCAAACUGGAGGAGCAGCGGCAGCUCAAAAAAGAUGCCACUGCAGCGACAAAGAAAGUAGACGAUGCAAAGAGUGAGGAAGCCAACCACAGCGAAUCCACCAGCCCAGCACCAAAGAAGCUCGGACCCCCUCCCAGCCGGCCUCCCCCCAGGCUUACGCCGUCUCCAGACCCCAAACAGCAAAGCCUCGGCAUGUUGGAGGAAGAGGCUUCGGCAGCAGAUACUAACACGGACGCCAGCAGCACAACACAACAGCAAGAGCCGACCGGCACAGAGCGGGCAUCCCAGCGGGAUGAUGAUGAUGAUGAUGAUGAUGAUGACCGGCCCCGGGACGAGGUCCAAAGCGGCUGGGAUUACAGCGACAGCAUCUCUCAGAGCUGCGCUCAGCCCGGCUGGGAGGGUCCGGAGGCGGCUGAGGGUCAGGAAGAGCGGGGCUACGCGGCUCAGCCGUACAGCGAGCCUGACUGGGACGAUGACGAUGGUGUCCGUGUGGGUCAGGGUGACUGGGGCCAAGAGGAGGAGAGCUCUGUGACCAACGGCUCCGACGCUGAUCUCCCUCCAGGGUUUCUCUACAAGGUAAAAGCCGUACACGAGUACACCGCCACUGACAACGACGAGCUGGAGCUGAAGGUCGGCGACGCCGUGCUGGUUUUGGCUUUUGACAACCCAGAUGAACAGGACGAUGGCUGGCUCCUCGGCGUCAAAGAGUCUCACUGGUCACAGAAGAAAGAUAUUUCAGCCAAAGGUGUUUUCCCUGAGAACUUUACCCAGAAGGUUUGAUGUCAAAGCUGCACACUGAUCCCAGCUCCAGCUCAUCACUAAUGGUAUCUGUCAUGCACACCCUGUCAUGAUGAUGAUGAUGAUGAUGAUGAUGAUGAUGAUGAUGAUGAUGAUGAGACCCAGAAAUGUGCGCUGAGACAUAAAAACUCGUGAUAAACACAGCAAAGGAGAACAGUGCCUGUCUGUGCACAUUUACGCAACAAUAAGCGUUGAUCAACAGUUUGCUUUCCGAUGACUUUUUAGUAAAUUUGUGCAAGCAAAAAAAAUAAAUAAAUCGAAUUUAAACAAA